AUGGAUGGUGUGAUGCUUGAUAAAGUUGAGCUCAACCAACAUGAAGUAGGGGCUGCAAGAGAACGGUCUAGAAGUAUGGCUUCUUUGUCUAAAUUCAUUCCGAAAUCAAUAUGGAAACCUCAACAACAGCAACAGCAGCAACAGCCUUCUGAAACCUCCGAAGGUAACACAAAAGCAUCUAACAGCCAUCCGGUAAUGUUACAUGCUUCUUUGCAUGAAGCACCUGCUAUUGUACUUCAAGAGGCGAAACCCGUAUCUCGCGAAUCCAUAGAACAAGAAGGCGCUCCCGCAGAAAAGGCUGCAAGUGGAAACUCGUCAAAGUUGUCAAUGAGACUAAAGAAAGUCUUUGGCAAAAAGGAACCAUCGCAACCCCCUGUUGAUUCCGAGUUGAGCCCUCCAGCUAGUAGUGAAGCUGCUGCUAAUCAUGAUGCAAAUGAUACCACGAAUACACUGAACAGAAAUAGAACAAAUUCCGACACUGAUCCUGAACCUAAGAGGAAUUUAUACAGCGACGGGUCUCAAAUUCAAGGUACUCCUUUGACUUCACCUUCAAAAUCUAUCUCUUCAUAUAACAGCGGCACGCAUAAACCCAACAACUUGGUUACUGGUAACCAAGCUUCAAAACUCUCCCCAAAUUUCGAUAUCCCCGAGGCUUCUUCCAAUGGAAAUGGAUUUGUGCCCUCAUACAACAGUAUGACAAAUAUCAGUACAGCAUCUUUGAAUUUGAUUGAUGAAAAUGAAGAAACGCAGAAUUUUGAGGGUUCUCUGCAUCAGUCAGGUGAAAUCAUACAUCCAGCAAUUACUACACCUUUAAAAUCAGGGUCAGAGAGCCCCUUUUUAUCCUCACAAUCCAUGAAACCCUUUCCAGCAUCGGAUGAGGCAGAAAAUAGUCACCGUCGUUCUGAAUCGAAUGGUGUAUCGGUGAAACCUCAGCUUAGAAGAACUGCAUCACAACCAACUGAUGUGCAUGUACAGGUAAAUGGCAAAACCGCAAGUACAAAAGAAGAAUUCAGUCCAAGAAGAGGUACUGUUGGUGCGGAUGCUUCAUUUAUCCAACCUCCUAAGAGGUCAGAAAGACUAAGGAACAAAUCCUUCAGUAAUAAGUUCCAAGAUAUUUUAGUUGGUCCACAGUCAUUUGAGAAAAUCAGAUUAUUAGGGCAAGGUGACGUUGGAAGAGUGUACUUAGUCAGAGAAAAACAGACAAAUAGGUUAUAUGCAUUGAAAAUAUUCAGUAAGCCAGAAAUGAUAAAAAGGAAGAAGAUCAAAAGGAUUUUAACUGAGCAGGAAAUUCUAGCAACCAGUAAUCAUCCCUUUAUUGUUACUUUGUAUCAUUCUUUCCAAACGGAAGACUACCUGUAUUUAUGUAUGGAGUAUUGUAUGGGCGGUGAAUUUUUCCGUGCUUUACAAACAAGAAAGACGAAAUGUAUCUCCGAAGAUGACGCAAGAUUUUACUCUAGUGAAGUGACGGCGGCCUUAGAAUACUUGCAUUUAAUGGGUUUUAUUUAUAGAGACUUGAAACCCGAAAAUAUUCUCUUACAUCAAUCUGGACAUAUCAUGUUGUCUGACUUUGAUUUAUCUGUACAAGCUAAGGAUACCAAAAACCCUCAGGUGAAAGGUAAUGCAUCGCAUUCACUUGUGGAUACAAAGAUUUGUUCUGACGGAUUUAGAACCAAUUCCUUUGUUGGUACUGAAGAAUAUAUUGCUCCUGAAGUGAUAAGGGGUAACGGGCAUACGGCUGCUGUUGAUUGGUGGACUUUAGGAAUUUUGAUAUAUGAGAUGUUGUUUGGUUUCACACCAUUUAAAGGAGACAACACAAAUCAAACAUUCUCUAAUAUACUGAAAAAUGAGGUGGUCAUCCCUAACAACAAUGAAACCUCUAGGGCAUGUAAGGAUUUGAUCAGAAAGCUUUUGAUUAAAAAUGAAAACAAAAGACUAGGCUCAAAACUAGGGGCUUCAGAUAUCAAAAAGCAUCCUUUCUUCAAAAAUGACCAAUGGUCUCUUUUAAGGAAUCAAGAGCCGCCAUUAAUUCCUGUUUUGGCGAAGAACGGUUGUGAUUUCGCCAAACUAUCCAGUAAUCCAAAAGGAUCCAAAGAUAAAAAAGAUUCGGCGGAACAGCAAGAGAAGCUGAUGUUCGAAGAAAAAGUAGAACUUGAUGAUCAGGUCUCCGACAACGACCCGUUCCAUGACUUUAACUCUAUGAGUUUAAUGAAGCAAGAUAACGAUUCUUUGAUAUAUGGUGACAGUACAUCGUAUGGAAAAAUAUCCUAUACGCCCAACCAAAACAGAUCUAGAAGUAAUAGUCAUAGAAGUUUCUUCAAAAGAUGA